CAACCAGCAGGUCCCACGUGUGAGGGGAAAGAUGCAGAAGAAACGGAACCGGACCGGGCCGCCCCAGCAGGAAGCUGCAAGUGAUGACGGGGAGAUGUCUGACAGCUCUGACAAGAUGGAGGUGGCCCAAGGCAAAGGCAAAUCUGCUGUCAAAAGGGCCCCCGAUGCCGACGAGGUGCUGAGACCUGUGAAACUGAGCAAAUCUGACUUAUACAAACCUCCCACCAACGAUGAGCUGAACCGACUGAAGGAAACUGAGCAUCUCUUCCAUACCAACCUCUUGCGUAUGCAGAUAGAGGAGCUCUUGCAGGAAGUGAAGCUGAAAGAGAAGAGGAGAAAGACUAUUGAUGGAUUCCUGCGCGAGAUCAAUACUCUCCUGGGCACCAUCCCUGAGACGCCCCAGACAGACCUCACAGACCAGACGUGGCUUCCCGACUCCAUCAAGGUUCCCAUUCUGCAAGUCCCAUACCAAGUAAAGGGCAAAUUCUGCUUCCUGCCCCCUUCCUCUAUUAAAGUGGUGGGCAGUUACCUGCUGGGAACCUGCAUCAAACCCGAGAUUAACGUGGAUCUUGCCGUCACCAUGCCUCAGGAAAUACUCCAGGCCAAGGACAAUCUGAACCAGCGCUAUUCGAGAAAAAGGGCCCUAUACCUCGCCCACAUCGCCAGUCACCUCGCCAAUAACGAGCUCUUCAGCAGCGUGAAGUUCACCUACAUGAACAGUAAUCAUCUCAAGCCGGUCCUCCUGCUCCGGCCCCACGGGAAAGAUGAAAAGCUGGUGACCGUUCGGAUCCAUGUCUGCCCCCCUCCGGGGUUCUUCAAGCUCAGCCGGCUGUACCCCAAUAAGAAUAAUGUCCGGACGGCAUGGUACACGGAGCAAGAAACCGAAGGAGUUAAUGAGCCCCCAACCCCUCACUAUAACAACACCAUUUUGUCUGACCUGACCCUUGAGCACCAUCUUCACCAUCUGUCCAACUGUGCCAGCGACUUCCCUGGCAUGAAGGAUGCCGUUGCUCUCCUCAAGGUCUGGCUACACCAGCGCCAGCUUGACAAGGGCUACGGGUGUUUUAAUGGGUUCCUGGCCGCCAUGUUGAUUUCGUAUCUUCUGUCGAAAAACAAGAUCAAUAAGGUGAUGAGUGGGUACCAGGUGCUGCGGAACACACUCCAGUACUUGGCAACCACAGACCUGACGGUUAAUGGGAUAACAAUGGCAACAUCCACAGACUCUUCCCUGCCCUCUCUGCAUGAUUUCCACGAGGCCUUCCAGGUUGUGUUUGUUGAUCCCCUGGGAGUGGUAAAUCUCUGCGCCGAUAUGACCACCAACAAGUACCACCAGAUUCAGUUUGAGGCCCGGGAGUCUCUGAAGGUUCUAGAUGACACAAGCGCGGAUGGAUUCCAUCUUCUCCUCAUGGUCCCAAAACCCUUCGUACGGACAUUCGACCACGUCUUCCACCUCACAAAUGUGUCCAAGCUCCAGGGAACCUGCAAGAAGAUGAAACUUCUGAAUCAACUGAUCGAUCAGGGCGGGGAUUACUUGGCCACAUCGCUGCCCUACGUCCUGUCCAUACUGUCCAAAGGCCUGGGGCCGAGAGUGGCUCUCCUGUCACACACACUGCCGCACAGGCCGGAGUGGGACAUUGGGGAAGAGCCGGCAAAGCACCGGGACAGCAGCCUCCUGUCUGUGGGACUCCUGCUGGAGGCGGAGCUUCAUACCAGCGUGUUGGAGAAGGGCCCGGCCGCCGAUAGCUCCCAGGCCUUAGAUUUCCGGGCUUUUUGGGGAGAGAAAUCCGAACUGCGUCGGUUCCAGGACGGCUCUAUCUGCGAGGCGGUGGUUUGGCCCGGCAGCUCUCUGUGUGAGAAACGGAAGGUUCCAGAGCUCAUUGUGAAGUACCUGCUGGAACUACAUGCCGACAUUCCGGAAUCCUGUAUCAGCUACACUGGGAACGUGCUGGAUUGUGUCCUGACCAGAGGGAAGGAGGCCGGCACAGAGGAGGAGAAGAUGGUCGGCAUUAUCCAGUCCUACGAUGACCUGAGCAGGAAGCUGUGGAACCUGACUGAUCUCCCCCUGACAGUCACCUCGGUGCAAGGGACCCACCCGUGCCUGCGCUACAGCGAUGUGUUCCCUCCUCUGCCAGUGAAACCUGAUUGGUCGUCCUACCAGUUACUAAGGGAAAAGAAGUGUCUCGUCCCCAACCCAGAGAAACCCUGCCCGGCCUAUGUAGCUCCAGUGAAAGUUAUUUGCCACAUGGAAGGGAGUGGGAAGUGGCCCCAGGAUAAAGAUGCCAUUAAAAGAGUGAAAGCCGCUUUCCAGAUCCGACUGGCGGAGCUCCUGCGUGCCCAGCACCAGUUACUGUGCAACCCGAGUGCCACCCACACUGACGUGUACAAGGAUGGCUACGUGUUCCGUGUACAAGUGGCCUAUCACCGGGAGCCCCAGUACAUGAAGGAGAUUGUCACCCCGGAGGGGAUGCUGAAAUAUCAGGACACUGAGGAGUCCCUGCAACUGGAGCUGGAGACCCUUCACCUACCCAGUCUGACCAGCACCCUGCAUGGGCUCCACCAACAGCACCCUGCUUUCGGGGGGACGUCUCGGAUGGCCAAGCGCUGGAUUCACAGCCAACUCUUGGGUGACAGUUUUUCAGAGGAGUGUGUGGACCUCCUGGUGGCGCAUCUGUUCCUCCACCCAGCACCCUACUCUCCCCCCAGUUCCCCCCAGGUGGGCUUCCUGAGGUUCCUGCACCUUUUGGCCACCUUCGACUGGAAGAACAGCCCCCUGAUUGUAAAUCUGAACGGGGAACUGAAGGGUCCGGAUUACACAGAGAUCCAGAAUGACUUUAUAUCCGCUCGGGCUCAGCUCCCCGUCAUGUUCAUAGCGACCCCAAAGGACAAGAAAGAUUCUCUCUGGACCAAGACCCAGCCCACUGCGCAGAUCCUGCAGCGCCUCAUUGUGCUGUGCCUGGAGUCGUUACGUGCCCUGGAGCAGCAGCUUAUGGAUCCCAGUGGAAGCCAAGACUAUAAGAUGACCUUCCGGCCGCCCCUGGAUUUGUACGAUAUCCUGAUCCGCCUGAACCCCAAACAAAUCCCGCGCCACCGAGAGGCCGUGGAUCAGCCGGCAAAGUCCUUCUUCCGCGGUUUGCUAAAGGAGGGGGCGCAGGUGAAAGACCUGAUGUUUCCUGUUGUGGGUUACGAUCCUGUCCAGUGCUACCUGCAGGAGCUCAGAGAAGCGUAUGGCGAGUUUGCCCUGUUCUUUCACGACAAGCACGGAGGGGACGUGAUCGGGGUGCUAUGGAAACCUUCAGGCUUUGAGCCUCAGCCAUUCAAAACAACCAACAUGACUGGCAGAGUAAUGGAUGGCAAGAGUGCCAAGCCGCUGUUGGUGCCCAACGUGGAGGCCAUCGUAGAGGACUUUGAGAUUUUGGGGGAGGGCCUGGUGGCCAGUGUGGAGGCCCGGACAGAGAGGUGGAGCAUUUGAUGGACAAUUGGCCGCGCCUCCGGGAUCAUUCCGCUUUUGCACCAUACGGCUAAGGAAGAAGCUGAUAGAAUGGAUUGCGCCUUCCCACGGCCCCUUUGUUACACCCCCCCCCCCCAAAGAUAUUUCUGCUCCAUUUCCUUUGAAAUAAAUGUCUAGACUCAAA